CACAUGAGAUAAGGGAAAUAAAUGGGGUUUUUCAAUGCGUUUGGCAAUUAUUCUAUGGGCCAUGUAGGAUUUUCUUUAAUUUUUCCUUUUCAUUAUCUAAGUAAAUAUAUUAAUGUGUUAGACAUUACUCAGUAUUUAAGGGUCGAGAUAAGUUUGUCUCUGUGGUAUUCUCGUUUUGCUCCCUUGAAAUUGUUGCCAAUUUGUACACAAUUAAAAAACUUUACAUGUCUCGAAAUUAGGCGAGCAAAUUGUUUUAAAAUGUCCUCGCUAGAAGAGGGAAACCCCAAAGAAAAGCAGUGAAAAUGUGGCAAGAAAGCGAGAAACGCAAGGGAUGGCAGGGCAGCGACUGCCAAAAAUUGAUUUCAAUCGCACACAUGUGGUGCCUGUUCUUCGAAAUCCCACCUUUUAGCAAGCUCCUUUCGCCACAUUCCGCCUCCUUCGAGGCAAACAAACUUUUGUUUCAAAAUUUUCUACAUAAAUUCAAUUAGUAAGCAAUGCCACAAAAGUAAAUAUUGAAGUGGGGUGGGGUGAAGUAUCCACACGUGAGGCAACUGCUCCUGUGGCAACGGAAAACCGUUUGAAAUUCUCACGCAUUGCGCCAAAAGCGUUUAAGCUUUGAAACCGUAUUUGAUUGCACCUGACACAUGUCAUGUGUAACUAAGGAGUCGCCACCAACCAGCAAUAGCAAAAGCAAUAGCAAUAGCAACUACAACAGUAACAGCAACAGCAAAAGUGGUUCCUGCCACACACAAGCAACAGCAACAACAACAAUAACAACGGUAAGAGACCGGAAUGGAGGGGAAAUCACCUGGAGAGCAACAAGCGGAAACUGCGGUCUGAUGAAUAUCCCGCAGUGAAAUGCACUGAAAUUGUCUCCCAAAAUGGGUGAAAAUUAAAUGCAGCGGAGGGGAGAGCUUUGCAGUGAGUGUGCUAUUAAUUCAAUUAAUUGCGGACUAUAAACGUUUAAUGAUUGUGCAAAUUACGGAACUAAGCUUAGAAAUUAUAACCUACUAUGACAAACAUGCGGCUAUCGAUCGGAACCUAAACUUAGUCAUUGUUCACGGUUUUUAGAUUUCUUUAAAGUAAUAAAAGUCUAUACGUGUA